CGACCACUGAAAUUUUUUUAUAGGCUGAAUUAAUCCCAAAUCUCAAAAAAUGUUCCCGCCCAGAAAAAAAAUUCCCCCGCACAAUCAAAAAUGAAAAUUUCAAUUUUACACUCACCUCCAUUUUCCAGCCUUUACUCCCUCUUUUUCUAUGGUGAUUUCAACCCAGAAUCCAUAUCUAAAACCAGAAACCCCCCAAAUCCCCAAUUUCAUCCUCUCUCUUCAGACUUAAACCCUCCAUUAUCUCACCUUCUUCUUCUUCCUCAACAUCGAGGGAAUGGUGGGAUCUUCGUGUAAUAAUAGCUUCGCAAAAACAAUAUGUUCAAUUUGUUACGAAGAUCUAAAACCCAUUGUUGAAGACCUUCAAGCUAUCUCCAUUUGUGGCCAUGUCUUCCAUGAACUCUGUUUACAGCAAUGGUUCGAGUAUUGCAAGAACACGAAGAAACAGUCAUGUCCAGUUUGUAAGCAGGGUUGUACCCAGAAAAGUGUGGGUCGUCUAUAUUUUCAAUCAAUUGGGGAUCCGAUUUGUUCUCAAUCUCAAAUUGAUACCCAGAAACUUAACAAAAUUGGCGACGAUGAAUCCCCGGAAUUAUUGCGUGUGGAGGUUAAACGAUUGGAAGCUAAGGUUUCUGGGCUUAGUUCUGCUUUAGAUUUGAAUCAGAAGGACCUUAAACAACUCAAUGAUCAGCUACAAACAUGCAAUGAACAGCUAUCCAAAGAAGUAGUGUUAAAGAAUGAGGCCUUGAGGAACAAAGAGUGCAUCCAAGCAAUGCUUCAAACAAAAUCUAGCGAUCUAGUUAAAUCGAAUUUGGAAUGCUCAAGGUUGCAAGAGAAGAAUUUGGCGUUAGUCAAAGAGAUUGCUGCCCUGAAAUUGGUGUCAGAUUGUAACUUGGAGGAAGAAGAGAUUGUGAAACUUGCUACGAUUGGUUACGAAAGCAAUGCCCAAGAUGCAAUUGAUGUACUCAAGAAGUCAUUGGUUAUACGUAAUAAGAGCUACAAAGAAUUGAUGGCUAAGUGCAAUUCUCUGGGGAGAGGAGAAGCUCGUUCACUGAGAAAGCUUGAGAAGGCAAAAGAAAAGAUAGUAAAGCUCAAGAAAAGAGUGCAGGAACUGGAGUUAGCCAUCGAAGAAAAAGAUAAUGAAAUAUUAAGGUCCUUAAAAACUUCCAAGAAAAGAAAUUGCAAUGAUGUAAUCUUGCCAUCCGUCAAUAAAAGCAACGAGCCUUCAUUUGCUUUCAAGCAUCCAACUGUUGAGCCAAAGGGAAAAUCCCCAACUUCAGUGAUUGAUUUGGAUGAAGAGGAAAAUGAAAAUCCUUUUGUGGUUAAGGAAACAAAUAAAGAUGACUGUAUUUUCCCCCAAAAGGAAGUCAGACGUCAUGACAGUUUGAUCCGUGAUGAGGAUGAACUGCAGAAGUUGAAAACCGUGGAUUACCAUUCGAAGGCUGAUAAUUGCAAGGAUACAUAUAAUCAGAAGAGUAAACCGUUGGGGCUUGUUGAUUGUGACAAUAACGAGGAUUGGAUGCAGCAACCAGAUCACCAAUUUGGAUUAUCAGGUUCAGCUGGUCUAAGGAACGAAGUGCUUAAUGAUCUUCCUCAUACAAAGGGGUUGCUUCUUCAGGACAUAAGACAAGUUCAGCCUUCAUUUAAGUCCAAAGCAGAUACCUCUGCUCCAAUUCCUCUUGCUGAGCCAGGAGAUCGAUGUUUUACUGGAGGGUUACUUGGACCAGAUGGAGCAAACAGGUAUUUGGGAAAAUGGUGCAAGCGGCCACAGAGCAAGUCAUCACUGGGAUCAAGUAGUAAUACUGACACUUUAAUUGCUGAAGGAGCAGACGGAAGGGGCGGUAGGGUUAAAGUUCUGAGAUCUCUUAAUCAGGCAUCUAUGGAUGCAAGAGACAUCAUUACUUCAGCAAAGAGACCCAAAUCUGUAACGAAAUCAAGUGGUAUGCAGUCUCAAGGGUGUCUGCAAAUGGAACACUUCUUUAAGAAGGCUAACAAAUAAAGUCUCAACUCACAAAAGUAUUCUAUCAGCAUCAGGAAAGAAAUUCCUUGGUCAAGCCACAAGGUAGGUUCAACCCACCUGAUCCUUGUAUAGUAUUUGAAAGAAUCAAACAAGCAAAGUAGGGCAGAUGUAUUAGGUCAUUAAUGUAUACCAGGUAGUUUAGCAACUUUUUUUGUCUAGCCAUUCCAAGGUGCACUUAAAAUUCCUAGGAGUACUGGAAGAUUGGAGGGUGAUGAAUUGUCAUUUUUAUGCUUCCAUUGGUGUUGGCCUGUCCGGUGUCUUGGGCAUUUUUGUUGGGAUGUUGUAAUGUGAAUAUUCAUUUGGAUUGACUAUUGUAAAAACAAAAUAGUCAUUUUGGAAAA